AUGAACCUUCCCUCUCUCAACAACACGGCCGUAGCCAUACUCAUUCUAUCUUCCCAGACCUCAGCCGGACCUCUCGGCUACGCAGUAUGUCAAGCAGGCUGCGCCUCGGUGGUCAUGGCAUGCUACUCAGCGGCUGGGUAUGUGUGGGGCAAUACCCUGAGUGCCGAUGCACCCGAUGCCGUUAUUGGGUGUAAUCUUGCUUUCGGGAAAUGCCAGGCCGCAUGUGCAGAGGUGACUUUAGGGACGGCUAUGUAG